GGUUGGUGCGCGACGAUUAUUCGUUUCUGCAACGGCGGAUUUGAUUUAGGUCAACUUGAUGUUCUUGUUCACCGAGUCUUUUGUCGCAGCUGUGUCCAAAUAGCAACAUCACAUGUUUAUGCACAAGUAGGGUAUAGCUGUGCCUUCCUGUAUCGGCCCUGGGAAGGAGGUGUUGUGGCUCCUACAUUCAUUGGACACAUCGCACAAAGUGAAAACCAUGGAGCUGUUUUGGACCACUCUUGGCAGUCUUGCGUCCUGGUUGACUCACGUUCUGAUUGAGUUCAGCCUCUUCAUAGCAGUAGACUCAGUUGUGAAGGCCUCGUUGCCCUCGCUUAGAGAUCCUGUGGAGCGCAGUAGGAUGUGGUUUCUGGAAUCGGUUGUACUGCUGUUUAUUGCGAUGUUCAUGAGUCAGUUCAGCCACAUUCCAUAUGUUCUCUUCAUCUUGGCCUUCAGCACCAUCCUGUCAGCUGUUCUUCACGAUCGGAUCGAUGGGCAAAACUUGAAAACGCUUCUACCUUCUGCAAGAGAAACUGAACCUAACUUAAACAAUGGUACGUGUAUGUUGACUUCGCUCAACGGUUCAGCUCAGUCUGGAAAGUAUCAGAAUUUUGGUUCUGGGAGAUUACGAUAUCAUGCUAGAGACAAAAUCAGUGACAAAACUCAAGUGCCUGCAACUACCCCAGUCAGAAUGGACAACAAAGGUCUACUUGGAAACUGGCAGUCAUACUUCCUGGCUGUGUUAAGGAGGAAGCCACCAGAAUGCCAGCCACCAGGCUUACCAAAUAGAGGAAAAAAUCUUUGCUUUCUCAACGCUGUGCUUCAGUGCUUAGCCCAUGUGCAGUCCUAUGGAAAUCUGGAUCAGUUUUUUUCAGAAAUAAGCAACAGAUCUCAGGAAAAUAAUUUCAUUGAUUGCUACAGUGAGCUAGUGGCCAAUUGCACUGUUGGAGAACACUUCUCUGGUGCAGUUCUCAACACCUUGCCAUUUCGCAGAGCUGCGUCACAACUUUGCCCUGGAUUGAUCGCAGACCCGACAAGGGGUCGUAAACAGACACAGCAGGAUGCAGCCGAGUUCUUAACGUGGCUCUUAACCACUCUGCAUAACAUCUUGAGAAAAGGCCCCUGUACUGCAGGAUUCUCCAGUGAUUCAGGUUUAGAGAAGCUCACAGACAAGGAGCAGCAUUGUCUUAAAGUAGAGUGCGAGAUGUUGUUGCAAGCUGCCCAGUCAAUGUACGACGGGAGAUGCGUCAAAGCAGUUAAAGCUCUUUCUGAUUUGGAUUGGAAGCAUCAACAAAUCCAUGAGAGAUCUAUCAUCAGUGACCUUUUCUCAGGUCAGAUCCUUGAGCUGCGGGAGGGUGGCAAGCAGAACUGCGUAUCUCUCAGCAUCCAAGCUUUUAAUGUUCUUCCUGUUCCGCUAUCUGGGCCUCGUCAGGUGUCAGGACUUGUUUACUUGCAAGACUGCAUCGGUGAUAUGUGCAUUCUCACGGAUGUGUCAGUCGACUCGCCUUCAACGUCUUUAGCGUCACCACCUGCUGGACAGUUUGGGAAUAGAAAUAUCGAUGAUGUCAAGCUAGAGAAUGUUGUUAAUCUGUCAAGGCCUCCUUUGCUGUCGUCCACUCCUACCAAACCUGAUGCAUUAACCCAUCUCCCCGAAAGUCCUACCAGUGUAUCCAGAGAGUUCCGCUGCCAGACUUCUCUACGCUAUCUACCAAAGUGUCUUGUCAUCCAGCUGAAUCGAUUCAACCAGUUUGGCCGCAAGGCCAAGACCCCUGUCAGUAUUCCCCUCCGUGGCCUGAACCUUAAUCCGGCCUUGUUUGACCAACAGGUUGCUGGGCAGCCAACACUUGUUAGCCGAAGUUGUAUGUACGACUUGGCUGCUCUGUGUGUCCAUGAAGGAGCCCAAAGCUCUUGCUACGGUCACUACGUCGCCUUCUGCUUGGCUAGUAAUGGUCACUGGUAUCGUAUGGAUGAUGAGAUUGUAAGAGAAGUAAACAUGCUAUAUGAAUGCAGCUCUCCGACUCUCAGAGAAAAUGCAUAUCUCUUGUUUUAUAUGAGACGACAUUAAGAUACAUGUACCAAGUGCUAAAUUAUUACUUAUGUGACUUAUUUUUCCAAAGUUUGAAUAUUUACAUGUAAAUGUAGUCAAAUUUUAAUUGUUCUAGUAGCAUAUAUCCAGGAAGUGAUUUACCACUUACAAUAAUACAAUAAUCCAAUACAUACAUGUACAACUUAGCCCACCUAAAAUGAUUGUGUAUGCCAUAAUUUGUUGUGUAAGUCGCAGAUGAAAUUUUCUCUUUAUUUGUUGCGCAGCUUUCACAACAACACGCGACGUAAGUAAAGUUACACUGUUAUUUAAAGUUUUGUGAAUUGGCUGCUGGUUUCUUAGAAUAGUUUUUCAAAUUUAAUUGACAGUGUGCUACGCUGAGACAUAUACCGUAUCAUACAUCCCAUGGUGCUUAGUCCAAACUAUGUACGUGUGCAUGUACAGGAUUGAGUUAUUGAAGCAGUAUCCUAUCCAGUUCAUUUGUUGUGGAAUAUUGUUGUUAGCAUUGUUUAAGAUGGUAAACCUUCUCUGCAGUGAUGAUUUUAAAUGAAAUUCUGCUGUAAUGUUGUACAUUGCAUGUUGAAAAUACUCCUUUUUUAAAAUUUCAAUCUGUAGUUGUUGACACACUGCACAUAUUUUUACUUGUGCAUGCAAAGAAUUGAAUAUUUUAGAGAAAGUUGUGCAAUGGCUACGUAAAAUUUCACUUGUGUAGCUGACGUGUUUUGUACAUGUACACCAAUGCCUUUAAUUAAAAAAAGGAACAAAUAUUUAAAUAAGUUCUCAGCACACGAAAAUUCGUCUUAAAGAUACUGUAUGUGUGUAAAAUAGUUCAUCUCCAAACUACAAAUAUUCACAUUUUCAGAGUGCCUGAAUUUUAAUGAAGAUUAAUUUGCAGUUGAAGUAUCAUUGAAAUGUAGCAGUUUUUAAGGAUCACCGAAAUUUGUUAUCUCUUAUUUUAUGCUGAACCCCCAUGCUUUUAGAUUUUUCAAAUCCACUGCAGUCUGACAGUGUCUUGAAGGGGUUUCAUGGAGUUUGGAAAAACAUUGAAUUACUCAGGCUAUGUGUAUAUUUGUACAUGUAAAUUCCAGACAUUUUUAAGUGUUUUACCUGUAAAAUAACACUAAACACUUCAAGGAAAAUAUUUGUACAAUGAUUUUUACAAAUUUUCUUCAUGGUACAUGUACAUACAUGUAUACAAAGAUGUCGGCAGAGUACAGACUGUGUGACCUUUAACUUAGUCCCAUUGGCUUUGAGGCUCUCUAAAAACUGGAUUUGUGUGGUGUUAGUUUUAGUGUGGAGUCCACACAAAGAACUCAAUACAGUCUGAGAUGAGUAUUCCAAAUGACAAGGGUACACAAAAACAUGUUUAUCAACAUAACAAGACUGCAGUAUAUUCUAUCAGUACACACAGAAAUGAAUGUUCACCAGUCUGACAUUUACUGUAAAUACCAUUCUCUCUCUAAACAGCUGUCCCCAUCUGAGUUUGAAUAAACAUAAAAUCACCAGA